AUGAUCAAUCGUGGGACGCUGGUAGCGAUGAUGCUACUGACCGUAGUGGUGGCACUGAAUACGGUGAUGGCCGAUACUGCAGUUGCUCGCGUUGAAGCAACAAAUCAGGAGCAAGCUCGUCAAACCACCACCCUAGUUAAUGGAAAUAGAUGGUGGCCCUACGGAUGGGGUUGGGGUUGGGGUUGGGGUAUAGCGGCAUUUGUUCUGGCAAUCGUUAAGGGAUCCAUCCUGUUGGGACUGUUCGUGAUAUAUGCCUUCUUCAAGGGAUUCGGCCGCAAGUCGGGUGGUUGUGCUCCGAUCAUCAUCCGCGAGUCGGCACCACCACCGGUUAGCUUCGAGCACCACCACCCUUGGGAUCGCAGCAGCCCGCCGAUCGGGUACGCAAGAUCGAAACGAUCGCCGGAUUAUCUCGAUUCGGAACUGUACUGGACCGAUUUGAUCACGGAUAUUGCAUUUAGCUUUCUGGGCGUCCACUCGCGGGACUGUCGGAAGCGGUUCGUUUGUGAAGUGGAUGUACGAUCACAGAACGAUCCUAUGAUGAAAAUGGCUACGCACGCAUUAGGAGUGGACAUCUUCCGAAGGUAUCGAUCGAGUGAUGAUAGGAAUGCGAACUCUUUCGAAGAAUGUUCCCAAUUCUACGACAAGUGCAAACUGGCAGGACCAUCGAUUACCUACAACGUGUUCAACGGACCGAUCGAUCUGCUGCAGGACUACGACGAUUCCAUGGGAGGGCAAUUUGAUGAAGCUGAAGUUAAUACCCAAUCAGCUAGUGAAUAUGAUGAUACAAUGAUUGCAACAACUACAAUGGAAGAUCCGAAGAAUAAAAUGGCCUACAAUAAGCGGAAAAAGUUUUCUAGAAUUGCGUAA